AUAGCCAAUGUUGAUUUUAGUAGUUGGGAAUUGGACAGAUUUUCGAUUCUUUACUUUGCUUUGCUAAGUUCAGAGUUGUGGAAAAAAAAGCAAUAGAUUUUAGUGGUAUACAAAAAAAGAAGCAGAAAAAAAACAAAACUAUGGGGGAUUUUGUGGUGAUGAGUUGCGAGGAAGUGAAGGAGGUGAAAGGUAACAGUGAUACAGAGAUGGAAAAUGGGGAAUUUGAAGGGAUAAAGAAGAAGAAAAAGAAGCAGCAGCAAGAAAGUUGUGUCUAUGGUGAAGUGGUGAAAUGGGAAAGGUGGAUGGCUUUGAGGGUUUUGUUGAUCGAAGCUGAUGAUUCAACCAGGCAAAUUAUAGCUGCUCUUCUCAAGAAAUGCAAUUAUAAAGUUUCUGCAGUUCCAGAUGGGUUGAAGGCAUGGGAGAUGCUGAAGGGAAAACCCCAUAACUAUGAUCUCAUUUUGGCAGAAGUGGAUUUGCCAUCUAUAUCUGGAUUUGCUCUUCUUACACUAAUCAUGGAGCAUGAGCUUUGUAAAAGCAUCCCUGUUAUAAUGAUGUCCUCACAAGAUUCAGUUAGCACAGUAUACAAAUGCAUGUUGAGAGGGGCUGCUGAUUACCUUGUUAAGCCAGUAAGGAGAAAUGAACUGAGAAACUUAUGGCAGCAUGCGUGGAGAAGACAAUCAUCUAUAAUUGGCGGAAACUGCCCCGGGGAUGAGAGCAUUGGACGCAAACGGGUUGAAGCUACCUCUGAAAAUGAUGCUGCAAGACAAACUGAUAAAGGAAGUGAUACUCAGAGCUCUUGUAUAAAGCCGGACAUGGAAGCUGAGAGUGCCGACAUGGAAACUAUCCAGGAAUUUUCAGACUUGAUAAAGGGAAAAUCGCAACCAAGUGGAUCGCAGAUGCAUGAAGCUCAUGAUUGUUUAAAUCAGAAUCUGCUCAUGCAUGAGACGAAAACUAGUGCAGUCAAUGCCUGCAAGGAUCCCAACCUGACAACUGCGUACAAGGGUGUUGAACUGGAAUGUCAAAGAACGAAUAUGAAUAUUUCGGUUGAGGCUGGUAAUGCACUUGCUGAUUCACCAAGAGAAGCUAUUGAUUUCAUGGGAACAUUUAACAGAAAUUUCAACUUUUCUUCAAUAAAUAGCACAAGCAAGUUUGAUUCUUCUCCACCCUUAGAUCUUUCCUUGAGAAGAUGUAAUAAUAAUGAUUUUGAGAAUAAUGUUACUCGAGAAAGACCUAUUCUCUGGCAUCCUAAUUCAUCAGCCUUUACAAGGUACUCUAAUAGACUAUCACAGCCCCAGCAUUCAACACUGACAAGUAUCAGUAAUAAAAAAAAAGAAUCUGGGUCUAAUUCCGAGACGAUAUUGUCCAAUAUCGUUUCUGAACAUGAUGCUGCUACUCCUAGUCCCACGGUAACCUCUCAAAGAAACAUGAUUCCUUCGACUGCGGGAGCUACUGAUAAAUCGAGGCACACUGAAGCAGCCACAUCAUGCAUGGAACAGAGAGAAUGUCCAAGCUCAGUCAACCAACAUGAACCUACCUUUGGUGUGAAUCCAUUUCAUCAUUCCAGUCUCGAAAUGAAUUCCUCUAGACAGUUUUAUGACCGACUUGCGUCUGGAACAAAUCAGAUGGAUCAAAAGUUGGAUUCUGUCGAAGAUAAAGGUCAUAUUUCUCCUACCGUUAAUCAAAGUGGAACCGGCAGCUUCUGUAAUGGAUCCAUUAGUCAACUUAAUGGUAUUGCAUAUGGGAGCAGUAGUGCAAGUAAUAGCAAUGUUGAUCAGGUUAUUGUUCGAGCUUCUACAGAAAGAAAGAACGACGACAAUGUUCCUGCUCCUGCUGGAAAUUCACACCGUUCUAUCCAACGAGAAGCAGCUCUAACCAAGUUUCGAUUGAAGCGGAAGGAUAGAUGCUAUGAGAAAAAGGUCCGAUACGAGAGCAGAAAGAAACUUGCGGAGCAGCGACCCAGAGUAAAAGGCCAAUUUGUUCGUCAAACACAAGUCGAUCAUCCUACGCAGAUACAAGCAGAGUGUCAUUAUCACAAUUCACCCGAUGGCUAGUUACAACAUAGAGAAGUGCAUGGAUUGAAGUUUACCAUGGAUCUUUAGAAUUGGUUGCACUUGCAAUUUCAGCCAAACACUAAAGAUUCUUUUGUUCAUAUCUACACUCAAAAUCAUAUUAGUAGUUAUUAACACAGUAGGUUACUAUGUACUUGUAAAAAUCACAUUUUGAGCUUAGAGUUUACCCUUAACAGAGUUUGCUUCCCUGGUUUUCAUUAGGUUUCUCUGGGGCAUUCUCUAUUUGUUUACUUUUGUAGAGUUGUUCAUUCAACCUUGUUAUUGUAUGAGCCGAGACGAGUAUCACCUGAAGAUUUGAACGCAAAUCUUUUGUCACUCUAUCAACAGUUCAGUUGACUGUUGAACCUAGUAAUAAAAGCUAGUAACAAUUAACAUACAAA